CAGAGGGCACAGGAGAGCAGGCCAUGAUGAAUGUAUUCACUAUUUGGUUGCUAAUGGUUUCAUAGAUGUAUACAAAUGAGAAAACUUUUCAAAGUGUACACUAUAAAUAUGUGUCGUUUAUUGCAUGUCAGUUUUACCUUAAUAAAGGUGUUUGAAUAAAUUAAAAGAAUAUGAAGUCAAGAACAAGCACAUUGGCUUAAAUCAAUAAAAGAUAAUUCAAAACAAAAAUCCUGCUGUUAUCUUUUUAAGUCAGUCACCUGGAAGCAGCCUCCUCUUAAAUAAAUAUUGCUUGGGACUACAGGCUAGUAGCAGAGCAUGUGCUUAGCAAGCCCAAGGUCUUGGCUUCAGUCCCCUGCACUAAAAUAAAAUUUUAAAAAAGAUAUAAAAUAAAAUAAAGUUCCUUAAGGUCCUUCCUGAGAAGUUAAGAGCACAAAAGGAGGUGUGUUAUAGAGGCUUUGACUGGAGACUGACUCAAGCCAGAAUCAACUCUGGGAAAAACCAGGGCAGGAGACUGCCAAGAUUAUUUAACCCCUCUGGGUUUUAUGAAUAUCUUUAGAAAAAUAUGGCCCAGUAUUCUUUUUCUGUAUGAAGUGAUCACCAUAUUUUUAAGGUCUGAAGAUUUAAAAUUCCACAAGUCCCUUUGUGUCAACUUGUAGGGAAACUUACAUCUUACUAUAUUGAGACUUAUAAAAUACUUAGCUCUUUGAAAUUGAAUUUUCAUAUUUUUAACCAAUUUAUCUUGGACAAAUACAGAUGUCAUGUUUCUAUUUGGUGCCUUUGUUUCUGAUUUAGAUUUUUGUUUAAAAUUAGAUUUUUCACUUUAGAAUCUUUGUUUGAGGUCUCUGCAUAAAGAAGGCGAUGACUGCAUAAAGUAAUAUCAGCAAUGUCAAAAUCUAGGGAAAAAUAGUUGCUCAUGAUUCUGGGCAGUAACUUUUGAAAGUUUUGUAUCUGUGGGUCAUGAAGUAAUGGCAAAAUGCUGUGAAUUACCUGUGAUGGUGGCUCAGUGACGAGGUGGAGAUUACAACUUUUCUUCCUGCGGUGUUGACUUUCUCAAAAUUGGAGUGUUUUAACCAAAAUUAUCAGUAGUGGGAAACUUUGGUGUCCUUGUCAUUUUUUCCACAUCAGUGUGAUAUAUAAUUAGUUCUGUUGGACUGGUACUUUGGAAAAAAGAUUUAAUUGUAGCUUUCAGUAAAUUUUAAAGUACUAUCAGUUUCUUUGGGGACCAUUAAAGUUUAUGGCUUAAAAGAAAUUUUUGCUGCACACUAUGGCUCACAUCUGUCAUCCAAGCUACUUGGGAGGCAGAGUUUGGGAGGCAGACUGCAGUUCGAGACCAGCGUAGGCAAAAAGUUAGCAAGACCCCAUCUCUCCAAAUAAGCUGUAUGUGGUAGUACUUACCUGUAGUCCCAGCUACACUGGAGUCACAUUAUAGGAGAAUUGAGGUCUGGGAUCAGCCCUGGGCAAAAAGCAAGACCCUAUUCAGAAAAACAAAGCAAGAAGUCUGGGGAUGUUUCUCAAAGGGGAGAGCCUCUGCCUAGCAAGCAUGAGGCCCUGAAUUUAAACUCUAGUACCACUAAAAAAAAGAAAAGAAAGAAAGAAAAUUUUUGUCUUUAAAAAAAGCAUCUAAUAGUGGCAAACAUCCAGCAAUUUAAUUUCAAUUUUUUAAAAAUCACAUUAUUUAAGUACUUUUUAAAAAUCUCAGUUUGACAUAUUUCUGUUUAGACAAUCUUGCUGCAUUUUUAAUGUUUUUGGUUUUGUUUUUUGCUUUUAGUUUGUUUUAUAGGAUCUUGCAGGUUUUUUCCCACGUCACCCAGUCUUGGACCACAGUUCUCUUGGGUAACUGGGAUUACAAGUGUGUACCACCAUGCCUGGUUUAUUUCUGAGACAGAGCCUCUCACUAACUUUUUCCCCCAGGACUGGCCGUGAACUGUGAUCCUCCUAUCUCUGCCUCCUGCGUAGCUAUCUAUUCUUAACCUGUGAAAAUUUGUUAUUACUGUAAUGUAGGCUAAUUUAUUGACAUUUUCUUCUCCAGUGGUUUAACUUGAAUUCUCUCUUGACGGGUCCGGAAUUAAUAUCAGAUACAUACCUUGCACUUUUCUUGGCUCAAUUACAACAAGAAGGGUGAUCUGCCAGAUUGUGAAGCUGACCAACUUUUGCAGAUGAUCAGGGUCCAACAGAUGCACAGACCAAAACUUAUUGGAGAAGAAUUAGCACAACUGAAAGAACAGAGAGUCCUUCAGACAGACCUUGAACGAGUCUUGGAAGCAAACGAUGGGUCAGGAAUAUUGGAUGAAGAGGAGGAGGGUUUGCAGAGGGCUCUGGCACUAAGUCGCCAGGAAAUCGACAUGGAGGAUGAGGAGGCAGAUCUCCGCAGGGCUAUUCAACUCAGUAUGCAAGGUAGUUCCAGAAAUAUAUCUCAAGAUAUUCCACAGACAUCAGGUAUAAAUCUUAGUUCAGAAGAGCUGCGGAAGAGAAGAGAAGCCUACUUUGAAAAGCAGCAGCAGCAGCAGCAGGUAGACCCACCAGGACAGGCUUCCCAUCCACGACAGAGGCCAAGCACAAGUUCAGGAGGACUUGGGAGCAAGCUAGAUGAUGCCAUGAGUGAAGAAGAAAUGCUUCAGGCAGCUGUGACCAUGUCUUUAGAAACUGUUAAAAAUAACUUGAAAACAGAAAGAAAAAAAUAAUACCUUUAAAAAGUCAUUUAAUUAUUCAUACUUUGUAACAUUGUCCUGUGUGAUUACAGCAUAGGGUCCAUGUCAGUAAUGUAUCAAAGGGAACAAUGUUCACCAGAGGAAACAAGACAGUUAGGUAGUUUGCAAACAAAAUGAUGAGAGUGGAGCAAUGUCAGCUGUGGGACUAAAUAAUUAUCCUCCAGAUACUAGCCAAAGAGACACUCAGCAAUUAAAGAAAUUGAAAAUAGUUUUCACAUGUUCCUUUUUGUUUGUUGAGUGUGCAAUAUCUAACAUGUCUAAAAUUAGGGCAUUUUUCUUGGCUCUUUUUGGAGACCAACUAAUUAGCUCUUGCCACAGAACUUGUUCCAUACAUUUUGUUUUCUUUUUUCUUUCUUCUGUCGUAGGUAAUUUGACUUUCAUCAUCUAAUAAUUGCUUUUAUUUCGCAUUCACCAAAUUAGCCUUUCAGGAAAGUGUCUCUUAUCUGUGUUAAUUAUAAUAGUGGUUCCAGAAGGUUAACCCUUUCUUCCCCUGACCGUAUCAUGCACUUGGAUGUUUUCCCUGUGUGUUUUUCUCUAUUACAAUUUCUGUUUCCUGCCUUUCAUUGUUCUCCUGCAAUCCUUUUGAAAGAUGGUAAUCUUUUCUGACAUUUUGCUUUUUGAGCCCUCCACAAUGGGAUCAUUAGCUCAUUAUUUCAUGACCUUGAUGCAUUCCUAAAUGCUGAAAUCAGCUCUGCACACAUAUUGGAGAAUGAGGGUUUUGUUUUGUUUAAUGAGCAUGUGCUUUCCAAAUGUCUUUCAAUUAUAUUAGAACCUUCCAGCCUUGCUGCAGCCCUUUCUCCUGUGCUUCAUUUCUUCUGCACCUGAGAAAAGUAGGAAGCACAUAGUAUGCAAGCAAAUCUCCUUCCAAGACUUAACGUGCAGACCCACCAGGAAUGUGUCAUAGGUGAAAUUGGGCCUUCAAGUUUAGUGGUGGGUUCAUUUUAUUUAUUCUUCUGUGACUGGAGCUUUGUGUUCUAUUUAUAGCUGGGUUCUGGAAUGUUUUUUAGUAGGUAUGGCUUGCCAGAGAGCAAUCUGGAACAUGAAAAUAUAUUUAAAUUUAUGCUGAUUUCACACUUGCAUCAUAUUUAAGUAACUUAAAAAUUCCAGAAGUCACAGUACUGAAUAGGUCUGUAAGUAAAGAAGUCCUUAGUUUUGAUAACAUUCUUUACUUGGGAUGCACAGAGAGUGUCCUGCUGAGUCAGUAUAGUGGCAUGAUUUUGUGAGAAUUAACCAUGUCUGUCUGAAAUGGGUGUUUCAGGCUCUGUUAUCUUCUCUCCAUCUCUCUCUCUCUCUCUCUCUCUCUCUCAUACACACACACACAUCCAUCUUGAAGCCCUUUUGAAUGUUGAAUUGUACAUAAGCUAAAACUCAAGAAGAUAAUUUAGGUGACAACUUAGAAAAGUAAAGUAUGGUGUGCUGGCCUACUGGUAUGUGGCUACAUACAUUUUUAUCAGGGAAAGAGUUUUGAUCUAGGAUUCAUUGCUAAUGAAAGAUGAAAAAAUAUUUUUGUGGUUAUAAAAUAGCUGUUUUUCUUGGAUUGAACAGAUUUUUAAAUUAUUUUGUGCCAAUUAAAGCUUACUGAAGUUUCCCUUACACAAUAUUAGGCAGUUUUAUUUUAAAAUCUUAAGUUUUCUUUUAGUAGUUGAAAAUGUUUCCAAAGAAUUAAAAAACUUUAGAUCUGCCAGGGGUGUUGGAGUUAGGACUCCUCCCUCCAGAUUCAAAAGCUAAAACCCUGACUACUGAUAAAAUUAUCCCAGUGUGCUGGCCAUAUUUUCCAUGGAUAUUUUGCCUCUGCCUUUUCCCUUUGUGAAGUUACAUUAAUCUUUUCAUACAUUUGAAGAACUACCUAAUACAAAAAUGAGGAAACCAAUGUGCAUUUCAGAGUUUUAAUUUUAGAGUUUAUAAAGUUCAUAUAUUACCUCCCCUAGGAAAACUACUUAAGAAAAUAUGGCAUGUGGGCCUUUAGAAACUUUUUAAAGCAGAUCUGAGCAUACACUGGAUGUUUGAAUAUGUUUUUCUGUUCUGUUGUGAAAUUGUUGCAUUUGGCAGGCAGAUCCAGAAUCACCUUUGAACUCUCAUCUUGUUUGAAUUGGCCUAAAUUUAUCUGAACGUGUAGAUUCCAUUCUUAGUUGAUUAGCCAGUGUGAAAAGAUGCCAAUUCUUAUAACCAUAGCAUCAAAAAAUUUAAGUUAUGCAAAGUUAUAGUUCAUACACCAGGAACUGCCAUUUACUGUAGUAACACUGUCCUGCUAAGAACUUUAUAAAGAUUUCCAUUCUGUUUUACCAAUUGGGAACACUUAAUGUUUAAUAUUUAAACUACUGGUAUCAUUUUUCUAAUGUAUAAUUGUAUCACUAGGUUAAAAUAUGUACAGUGGUAAUGCUAGUGUUGUAAGUAAAGCGGAAGCAAACUUUGGAAAUACCACUUUCAUAUUUUCAGAUGUCAUGGAUUUAAUAAGUAGUUAUUUAUGUUUUUAAAAAUCAUAGUAGUUGGCCUCUGAUCUGAAAUCAUUAAUGUACAUUUUUAUAAUAAUUAACAUACAAAUAUUUCAGUAAUAUAAAUUAUUUGAAACAGUUGCAGGUAAACUAUAUUAAAUUAAGAUCUUGGCCAAAUAAUUUACAAUUCACAAAAUAUUUUAUUUAAGGAGGUGCUUUUUUUCUCUAAAACUUGAUUUUUCUUAAUUAAGGCUUUAUUCAAUGACGCCAAAGUUAAUGGAGGAAGAAAGCUCAAACUAGUUGAGCAUGACUACAGGCAAAACUGCAAGUAAUGUCUGUAUUGUUUCAUUCACAUCAAGUUGAAUGAAAUCAAUUUUAUUCCAGUCAGAGCCUAAAUCACAUUUUGAAUGUCUACAUGUUUGACAUUUUGAUACUAUUUUUUAAGUUAUGCCAGUGCCAAGAGUUGCCGAAUUCUUAAAACUGGCCCAUUGGACCUGUGCAAAUACAAAGUUUCCGUGUAUAAUAUACGAUAACUUAAAAAUCUUAAAUUGGAAAAUCUUGAUCUUUUAAAUUAUUAGGAGGAUUCAAUAAUUAAUAUUGAGACCAUCAUUAAAAACUUUAUCUGCAGACGUGAGGGUAUAGCUCAGUGGUAAAACACUUACCUGGCGUGCUCAAGAAAGCCUUAGGUUCAAUCUCCAGCACCCCCCCCCCCAAAAAAAAUGCUAAAAACCUGAUCUGCAAUUGGAGGGAGAGGCCUUAGGCCAGUGUUUUCAAAGUGAAUGUUUAGCUGGGAAUGUAGCUCAGUGGUAGGCCUAGCGUGCAGGCAAAGCCAGGGUUCAUCCCCAGCACCUUCUCAAGGUAAAUUGUUACAUUUUAGCCCCAACAAGCUUAAAGAUGUGAUUUUCGUGAACUUAAUUUAGGAAAACCAGAUUGGAUCAACUAAUCACUUUAGUAAUGUAAAUAAUUUUUACUUUUCAUAUUCAAAAUAAAAAUUCCUUCACUCCUAAUCUCUUUAUAACUAGCAUCUUUUGCUAAAGAAA